UACACACUCCAGAGACCACUCCAAAAUGCCAAUGUACGAUAAGGAGUCGUCGGCGGCCAAGCCGCAGUUUGAGAUGGACAAGGACCAGGAGGACCGUUUCGUGCGGUUCGUCGAGCGCAUGCCCGCGCGUACGGACGGCCUGGUCCGUCUGUUCGAUAGGGGAGAUUACUUCUCCGCGCAUGGCCCAGACGCGCUCCUCAUCGCCGAACAGGUGUACAAGACCACCAAUGUGCUCAAGUACCUCGGCUCGCCUUCCGCGCGCCCUGGGUCAUCGUCCUCGGCCAAGGGUCUUCCCUCCGCCACGGUAUCCAUGACGCUUGCCAAGGCGUUCCUCCGCGACUGCUUGACGACGAAGCAGAUGCGCGUCGAGAUCUACGAGCCUGUUGACGGCGCCGGCGGGCGAAAGAACCACACGCAGUGGCACCUCGCCAAGCAGGCCUCCCCUGGCAACCUGUCCCAGGUGGAGGACCUCCUCUUCGCCCACGAGGACUUGCUCGCCAACGCCGUGAGCAUGGCCCUCCGAGUUUACAUCAAGGACGGCGUGCGCACUGUCGGCGCGGCGUUCGUCGACGUCCAGGACAAGACCAUUGGCGUGGCCGAGUUCCCCGAGGACGAGCACUACGGCAACACCGAGUCGCUCAUCAUCCAGCUCGGUAUCAAGGAGUGUAUCAUGCAAGAGGACGCCAAGCACGUCGACCACGAGCUGGCCAAAGUGCGCACACUGGUCGAGCGAUGCGGUGUGAUUGUUACGGAGCGCAAGGCGUCGGAGUUCCAGCCGUCAAGUGUCGUCCAGGAUCUGGGACGGUUGCUGAAUGACACACACCCAAGUGUUCUGCCCGAGCACGACCUCAAGCAGGCCAUGUCGGCCCUCUCGGCGCUCAUCGCGUACCUCGGCCUCCUGUCCGACUCGCUUGUCCACGGUACUUUCAAGCUCCACAACCACGACCUGUCACAGUACAUGAAACUGGACGCGAGCGCACUCAAGGCACUCAACCUCAUGCCCAACCCUGAACUCGGGGGGAACAAGAACAUGAGCCUGUACGGCCUGCUGAACUACUGCCGGACGUCGCAGGGCCAGCGGCUGCUGGCGCGUUGGCUCAAGCAGCCGCUUGUGAACCUCCACUCGAUUCUUGAGCGGCAGAACAUUGUCGGCAUGUUUGUCGACGACACGGUGACGCGUGCGACGAUCCAGGACGACUGCUUGAAGAAGAUUCCCGACUUUCACCGUAUCUCGAAGCGCUUCCACCGCGGCCAGGCUGGCCUCGAGGACGUGGUGCGCGUGUACCAGGCUGUCCAAGUGCUUCCGCGUAUUAUCGGCUACCUCGACGAGGUCAAGGACGCCAACCCUGAGCACGGCCAGGUCCUCGACACGAGGUUUACCGACGCGCUUAGAGGCCACUCGGACAUGCUGGACAAGUAUGCCGAGAUGGUUGAGAAUACGAUCGACCUGGACGAGCUGCAGAACCACAACUUUGUCCUGCUGCCCACGUUGGACAAUGAGCUCCAGCGCUACCGUGACGACCUUAUCGGCGUUCGUGACCAGCUGGAUGCUGAGCACAAGCGCGUCGGCAGGGCCCUCGGCCUCGAUCUCGACAAGAAACUCCAUCUUGAGAACCACCAGGUGUACAAGUACUCGUUCCGCAUCACCAAGGCUGAGGCCGGGCUUAUCCGCAACAAGAAGCAGUACAUCGAGCUGUCGACGCAGAAAUCGGGUACGAUCUUCACGACAGAGACUCUGCGCGAACUUAGCGAGCAGUUCUCAGACUUGCAGGAGGGGUAUGAGCAGAAGCAGCGCCACCUCGUCAAAGAGGUGGUCCAGAUUGCCGCAUCAUACAUUCCCGUGUUUGAGCAGCUCGACGACCUCAUCGCGGCGCUCGACGUCAUCCUCAGCUUUGCUCAGAUUGCCGUGAGCGCGCCGAUUCCGUACAUCAAGCCCACUAUCAAGGAGAAGGGCUCAGGCGACGUUGUGAUCACAGGCGCUCGCCACCCCUGCUUGGAGGUCCAGGAUGACAUCCAGUUCAUCGCCAACGACCAUGAGAUGCGCAAGGGUGAAAGCGAGUUCCAUGUCAUCACCGGACCAAACAUGGGCGGUAAAUCUACCUACAUUCGCCAGCUGGGUACCAUUGCGCUCAUGGCCCAAGUCGGCUGCUUUGUGCCUGCCGACUCGGCCGAGCUGCCCAUCUUUGACUGCAUCCUGGCGCGUGUCGGCGCAGGUGACAGUCAGCUCAAGGGAGUCUCGACGUUCAUGGCGGAGAUGCUCGAGACGGCGACCAUCCUGCGCUCAGCUACUCGCGACUCAUUGAUCAUCAUCGACGAGCUGGGUCGCGGUACAUCGACCUACGAUGGCUUCGGUCUUGCUUGGGCUAUCAGCGAACACAUUGCCAACAACAUUCGCUGCUUCUGCCUGUUUGCAACUCACUUCCACGAGCUCACAACGCUUGCCGACCAGCUGGAAUGGGUCAAGAACCUUCAAGUUCGCGCCGAGGUUCGCCAGGCGCCCGAGGGCUCGAAGCAAGACCGUGAGAUCACCCUCCUGUACCAGGUUGUCGAUGGCCACAGCGACCAGAGUUUCGGUAUUCACGUCGCUGAGCUGGCCCGCUUCCCCGAAAGCGUGGUCAAGCUCGCGAAGCGCAAGGCGGAGGAACUCGAGGACUUUGGUGAUGGUCCUGCACCAGAGCCGAAACUGCCGAAAACAGAGGUGGAAGCAGGAACCGAGCUCAUGCGUUCCUUCCUCGAAACGUGGCGCAGCCGCACCGAGGGGGCGUCCGAGGAGCAGCAGUUGGAGGAGCUUCGCCGCACGGCCAACGAGUUCAAGGAUCGCUUUGACGGCAAUGCGUGGGUGCAGAAGGCUAUCGAGGGGUUGUAGUAGUGCAAACGCACGGGCCAUCAUGCCGCCAGGGCGUUGCGGCGAUGGACCGGGCGCAGGUGUAAUCUAAGCAAUGUGGGUUAGUGUAG